AUGGCCAUCUGGUGCUGGCGUCCGCGACGACGACAGUCCCAGCCGCGAUGGCAGCAAAUUGAGGCCUUUGCCAGCGAUCUGCAGUCCCUCCCAAGCUGGCACGACCUCAAGGACAACACCCUUCUCUUCGAAGCCUUCGAAUGGCACGUCCCGUGCGACAACCUUCACUGGCAUCGUCUGCAGCGCAUCCUACCCAGCCUGCAAUCCAUUGGCGUCGAUGCCCUCUGGCUCCCCCCAGGCUGCAAAGCCAUGAAUCCCACGGGAAACGGGUACGACAUCUACGACCUGUGGGACCUCGGCGAGUUUCACCAGAAGGGAGUCCGCGCGACGAAAUGGGGCUCCUGGGAGGCCCUCCAGGCCCUGGUGGCCGAGAUGCACGCGCGCCAGCUCGACGUGUACUGGGAUGCGGUGCUGAACCAUAGAGCCGGGGCGGAUUAUCCCGAGCGGUUUGAGGCUGUUAAGGUUGAUCCGAAACACCGGAACAUGGAAAUCUCUCCCCCCAGCUGGAUCUCGGGCUGGACGGGCUUCUCCUUCCCCGGCCGGGGGGAGGUCUACAGCAGCCAGAAAUACACCUGGCAGCACUUCAGCGGGGUCGACUGGGACGACGCCUCCCAGACCAACGCGAUCUUCAAAAUCCACGGCAAACGCUGGGCGGAGGAUGUCGGCCACGAGCUGGGGAACUACGACUACCUGAUGUUCGCCAACGUAGACUACGCCGACCCCGAGGUGCGGGCGGAUGUGCUGGCCUGGGGGCGCUGGAUGGGUGAGCGGCUGGGAUUGCGCGGGAUGCGGUUGGACGCGGCGAAGCAUUUCUCUGCGGGGUUCCAGAAGGAGUUGCUGGCGCAUCUGCGGGCGACCACGCGGCCGGAUUUCCGGGUGAUUGGCGAGUAUUGGACGGGGGAUGUGGGGGAGUUGGUGCGGUAUGUGAAGACGAUGGAGGGGGCUGGGGGGGUGUUGGCAGUGGAUGCGCCGUUGGUGCAUGCUUUCUCCCGGGUUUCCUUGCACCACGGGGGUGAUUUGCGGGGGGUGUUGCGGGGGACGUUGAUGGAACGGUGUCCGGGGAAUGCCUUGACAUUCGUCGAGAACCAUGACACGCAACCCGGCCAGAUGAUGGCGAACACCAUCGCCCCGGACUUCAAACUCCUCGCCUACGCCCUGAUCCUCCUCCGCCAGGAAGGCCACCCCUGCCUGUUCUACGGCGACCUCUAUGGGAUCUGGAACGGGCAGCGCGCGGUGCUCGACGAGGCCUACGCGCGCAAACUGCCCAUCCUGACGCGUGCGCGCAAGCAUUUUGCCUACGGCGAACAGCAGGAUUAUCUCGAGGAGGGGGGUUGUAUUGGCUUCAUCCGAUACGGCAACGCGCGCCACCCCGCGGGAUUGGCGUGUGUAUUGAGUGCGCCUCAAAAACCCACCGCGACCCUCAAACACCGCACAAAACGCAUGUAUGUCGGACAGCGACACGCACACGCGACGUGGAGGGAAGUCUUGCAGCCCCAGGAGGGGGCGACUACUCACGUGGUGAUUGACGCGCGCGGGUAUGGGGAGUUCCCGGUGGCCGCGACGGGGGGGUGGUAUGCGGGCGUCUGGGUGGAGGCGGUGGCGGCGGAGGGGGCCAGACUGGAUGAAGUGUUUGAUCACGAUAUCUACGGUACUACUGCGGAGCAGCCAUGA